AUGAAUGUCUAUCUUAGUGAAGUGGGAGAAAGUAAAAACCUUCCGUGGUGUGUCCGCGCUAACCUGGAACCAGCGACCAUGGAUACAAUCAGAUACGGUCCUGUUGGUCCUUUAUAUACACCUAACAACUUCGUAUUCGGGCAAUCUGAAACGGGGAACAAUUGGGCCAAGGGCACUAUACUGAAGAGCGAAGCAGACGCAUGCAAUUGCAAUCAAGGUUCCCCGAAUACCCAAUCGCGGGGAGGCAGGACAGGGGCUGUGAUGUCCUCUGCUAAGGUCUCCGAUGCCGUCGCUGGACCUUACAAUGCUAUAUUCUCGACAAAGCACUGGAUUAAACAAGCGGAUGAGGCCUGCCUCCACUGGCUAGGUUAUCCGACGCACCAUGUCCUCAAGUACUUGCUCUCGGCAGUCAUGUCUAGAGUCUCGUUGUGCUUUCACAUUCCAGGCGAAUUAAAUUUUGAUUUGCGCAAGCUUGCGAACAUCCCACGGAUGCACUCAUUCCGGUCAGUCACAUUCUCGGAUCUUACGCAACAAAUGCUAGGUUCGAACGACAUGAUAGCCUCUUGUGAUCUCAACCGUGGCCGCCUUCUGACAUGCUCUGCUUCAUUUCGGGGACGGAUCUCCAUUCGAGAAAUUGAGGAUCAGAUGAAGCACAUCCAAAACAGCAACGCUGGAACAGCCAUCUGCUCCGUACCGCCGCAGAGUCUCCGGGUGCCAGCGACUUUGCUUGGAUACUCGACGGCAGUCCAGGAGAUUCUCGACCGAGUGGUCUAUGCCUUUGCUUGA